UGUGAUCUUAUUCUCUCUCUGUAAUAAAGCAUUACUAAUGUAAAGCUUAAACAGGCUCCAAGCCCUGCCUUUCUUUCUGCUUUACACUUUACCUUCACCUUCAGUCACUGUCUCACUAUCUCUCCCCAGCCUAAUAACGUCAGACCCGUACACAGAUCACCCAUAAACAUUUAGCUUAGCUGUUGAUGACGCCAAUGCUAGUGAUCAGAUUCUAUUCCCCCUCCCCCUAGGCCCUAGCUACCAAUACGGCUGCCCUGUGCUGUGCUGUUGCUCAUAGCGACCAACACCGACGACACACCGACUGCUUCUUCCGUUCCAACCUUGCGCCGAGGCCACACCCACCUUCCCCGUCUGGAGGCACAGAGAGCGGCGGCGGCAACCGUAGCAAUGCUGGGAGCCAGACCAAAAUCUGCGGCUGCUGACGCCAAGAGCGGCAAGGGCACGCCGCCGACGCCCAAGGGGAGUAGGGCGAGCAAGCCGGGCCCCGCCAAGCCGACCAAUGGCACCCCGCAGCCGGCGCGGCGCGGCGCCGACAGGUCCCCCGGAUCGGUUGACAAGCCACCCUCGGGUGAACGCCGCUCGCCAAAGGUCUUCGCCCGGCUCAGCACGCCCCCUGCCGAGAAGCAAGGAAGCGCCGUGAAGCAGUCUCAGGAGCUGCAGGCGCAGUUCGCUGCGGUGCAGGAGGAGCUCAAGAGGGCCAAGGAGCAUCUGGUGGAGAAGGAGAAGGAGAAGGGCAAGGUCCUUGAGGAGCUGGAGGAUGCCAAGCGGCUGGCCGAAGAGGCCAAUGCGAACCUGCUGGUCGCGCUCGCUGCAAGGAAGAAGGCCGAGGAGGCCUCCGAGACCGAGAUGUUCCGCGCAGUCGAGCUGGAGCAGACGAGCAUUGAGUCGAUGCAGUGGAAGGAGGAGGAGCUGCAGAGGAAGCUAGAGAGCAUGCGGAUCCAGCAGGAGUCCGACGCUGCCGCGCUGCGAUCAACGGUGGAGCAGCUCGAGAAGGCGAGGUAUGAGCUGGCUGAUGCGAUCGACGCCAAGAACUUGGCGCUCAACCAGGCUGACGAUGCGACCAGGCUCAGCGAAGUGAAUGCUCACAAGGUGGAGCUCCUCGAUGCAGAGGUUUCUCGCUUGAAAGAAUUGCUUGACACUGAGCUAGAGAGCAAAGAGCAAGAAGCUGAGCAAAUCAGGAGGCUCGAGGCGGAGGCAUCUGCACUGAAGAUCAAGCUUGAAAAAGCAAAGUUUGUUGAAGAGAAGAUAGUUGAAUUGGAAGGUGUGAUUGAAGGGCUUAGAGCUGAUGUUGCCAAUGCUACGAAGGCCAAAACUGAGGCAGAGGAGCUAGCUGAUGAAUGGAAGCAAAAGGCUGAAUUACUGGAAAUCAAGUUGGAGGAAGCCAAUCAGUCUUACAUGUUGAAGGUCGAUUCCUUGAAUUCGGUGAUAAAAGAAUUGGAUGCAGCAAGCGCCUUGCUCGCGGAGAAAGAAUCUGAACUUUCUGACCUUCACAACAAGUUGCAGGCCUUGGAAGAUGAGGUAGCUAGGCAGAAUGAAGAUAUUGAUGCGUCAAAUGAGCGUCUUGAUGUUGCAGAAAAAGAAGCAUUUGACUUGAAGGCAGAGAUCAAGGAGCUUCAGUCAAAACUCCAAGCACUGGAAGAAGAGAAGAUGGAUGCUAUUAACAGUGAGAACAAUGCAAGUUCACAGAUUGAGUCAUUAUGCGAAGAGAAGGAGAAGCUGGCUAUGGAAUUAGAAGUUAGCAAAGAUGAAUAUGAGAAAGUUAAGAAGGCUAUGGAAGAUCUAGCCUCAGCAUUGCAUGAAAUGUCCGGCGAAGCUAGAGCGGCACGGGAGAGGUACCUCAACAAACAAGAAGAGAUUGAGCGUGCCAGGGAACAGAUAGAGGAGCUCAACAUGAAUCUCAAGAACACCCAGGAGAACUACGAGGUGAUGCUUGAUGAAGCAAACUAUGAGAGAGUCUGCUUGAAGAAAACGGUGGAACGAAUGGAAGCAGAAGCGAAAAAUACAUCUGAGGAGUGGCAAUCCAAAGAGGUCAGAUUUGUGAGCUCCAUCAACAAGUCCGUAGAAGAAAUUAACGCAAUGAGAAUUGAGAUGGAUAAGGCAGCAGGGGCGGCGAGAGGCUGGGAAAAUAGAAAUGCUGAACUGGAGGAGAAGCUGAAGGAAUUGGAAGCUCAGGUAGAGGAAGCCAACAGAGCCAAGGAUGAAGCAAAAGCUGAAGCAUUGGGCUGGAAAGAAAAGCUAUUAGACAGAGAGAAUGAAUUGCAGAACAUAAAACAGGAGAAUGAUGAUCUGCAGGUCAAAGAAUCGACCACUUCAGAAAAAAUCAAGGAGCUAUCUUCCAUGCUUGGAAAUGCAAAAGAUAGAGUGCUAAAUGGCACAGGUCCAAAAGAUGAGAGUGACAAGGGAAAUACCAAGGAAGAUGAUCCUGUAGUGGUAGUCGCGAAAAUGUGGGAGAACAGUAAGGUCACCGACUAUGACUUAUCUACAGAGAAGGAGAAAGAUGGUGAAUCAGAGCUUGACUUGGAGUCCAACAAGGGAGACGUUGCCUCUGGUGGCCGCAUGUUGUCCAUAGACAAGAUGAACAACAGCACAAAGCUUGCAAUCAAGCCACAGCAACAAAAGAAGCCUUUGAUGAAGAAAUUUGGUGGUUUGCUGAAGAAGAAGGGCCAGCAUUAGAACAGAUCAAACCAUCAAGAAAAAUGAUUGAUGUAUGCCAUGGAUGACUAUUUUCUCUAGUUUCAUCUUCACUUUGGUCCUGCAGAGGUCGCAGUAAAGAUAACAGCGUAAGUUUCAGAAGAAACAGAAGGGUGAUGUAUUUGCUUCCCUUUUUCUGUUUAAUAUCUUGUAUUGUGUAUGUUUGAGGAGCAUUCAUACUCUAGUUCAUGUAUUUCUUCGUCUGCUGGGGUGACAUUUAUGUAAAGGGAUGUGGGGUUUCAAUUCAUAUGUCACCAGUAUAUUUCACAAUCUUUGUGAGUAUAUAAUAUUUGAAGCAGACUGCACUUCCUAUGUUU